UUAUUUACUUAUUGCAUUUAAUGCAAAAGCAAGGGAUUAUAUUAUAGUAAACAUGGAUAUAAGCGCAGAUGUGGCGUCAAUUGUUGCCCAAGCGCCGGACUGGAACUUUGCUGGUGACUGUGCGCUACUGGAGCUCAUGAAACGCAUUUCCCAAAAUCUCAGCGAGCGAGGCGAACAGACCAAUCAAAAAAUGCUGGAAUUUGAGAGAAAUGUGAGGCGCACAGAUAUCGCAUUGGAUAAUGUGACAAAUAGUCUCAGAGCUCUACAAUUUGGUCAGCAGUUUGUAGAGUACAGAGUGGAGGCUGUGGAAGAUGAUGAUUUUUUAAUGCCAGAGGAUCAAGUAGAGAAGCCUGCGCCUGUGGUGAAAAGCUCGCAGGAGCUGGCCAAAGAAUUCAUGCAAAAUAACUUGGAAAUGUUUCGCAAGAAUUUUGAAACGGUAACGCUGGAGGUGCCUGACUCGGAUGAAGAGGAUGGCGCUGUAGAUACCACAACUGUCUAUCGCGCUAAGAAUCCUUAUGAUGCUAUACCACUGCCCUAUAUAAUAGGUUCCAAGGAGUGGGAGGAGCAUAAAUAUGCUGGGCUGUAUGACAGCGAUGAGAACAGCGAAGACGAUCAGCAGGAACAAUUCUCCUCCAGCUCUUCUGAUGAAGCUGCAACAGCGGCGCCACAAUUGCUGCCACAGCCGCGUUUAGUAGAGCAACAGCAAUCGGAUUCCUCCUCGUCAGCCUCACUGCCUAAACAAAUGCCUAGGAAAACAGCUGCAGCUGCUUCAUCAAUUCCUGCUGCGCCAAUGCCCAAAACGCAGCCACGUCCUAUUAUAACAAGCACUAGAAAUCCACAUGAGCGAGAUUUGUUUGCAGCCAUGCGCGCCUCACCGCCUAGCGAUGAUCCACCUUCAAGCUCAUCCUCGCUGAACUCAUCGCCAGCCAUUUCACACAGAAACGUUGCUGCAGCCGCUGGCUUGUCCAGACCAGCCGCCUCGCUUAGCUCCAGCAGCAGCAGCGCCAGCAGACCCAAUCUAGCCGGCAGGCAAACACCACCAAAGCUAUUUGAUGAGCCGGAUUUGGUUACUACAUUGCCCGCUGCCACAGAAGCUGCUGCUGUGGUGAAACCUGCUGCAAACGCUAGUCAAAUCAAGCGCAAGUCUGUGAAUCUCUUCAACGAUGAUGAAUUUCACAAUUUCAUGUCCGAAAUAGUGGACAAGGUGCAGUCCAAGACGGGUCAAAGCUCCACGCCCACCGAGAUAGCUCAGCCGAAACAAGAACCACCUAAGCCUGCUCCUACUGCUGUAACAAAAGCGCCACAAAAGUCAACAGUUGUCACAAAAGCUGUGGAGACGCCUCCAAAGACAAUUAAUCUCUUCGACGACAGUCCACCUCUAACGCCUAAGCCUGCACAGCAGGCCGUAGCUAAAGCCACUACACUGCCUACAACACUCUUUGAUGAUAACUUCGAUGAUGAUGUGGAUGACUUUCUCAGUUCCUUUGCAGCCAAGCCUAAGGCGCCAGCACAGCAAACACCUAAAACUAGAUUAUUUGAUGAUGAUGAUGAUGACUUGGAUAUUGAUGACAUUUUUGCCAAAAAGACAACAAUGCCCAGCAAACCAGAGCAGAAGCUUGUAGCCAAGACAGCAACAUUGUUUGAUGAUGAGGAAGAGCGACAAAAUGUUGAAGAUAUAUUGGCUGCUAAAGUCGCAGCCACACCUAAGCCGAAGGCAGCAGCAGCUGUGGCAAUGAAGCCAAAUCUUUUUGAUGAUGAUAUGGGCGAUGAUGAUUUGUUUGGCACACCCAAGUCAAGCAAGAACAUAUAUGAGGCGCAGGAGAAAGUGCAGCCAGCUGUUAAAAAUAUACCAGAGCCUAAGGUCAGCCAAGUUGAGCAGAAGGAAAAGCCUGUUUUGGAUAAUAAGAUUGUACAGCCUGAGGUCAGUCAAGUUAAGCAGCAGCAAAAGGAGGAGGAGCCUAAGCUCAGCCAAGUUGAGCAGCAGCAGCAGAAAGAGAAGCCUGUUUUGGUUAAUAAGAUUGUUGAGCCUAAGCUCAGCCAAGUUGAAGAGCCUAAGCCUAAAGUAGUGGAAGCCAAAGCGCCAGCUAAUUUAUUUAAUGAUGACUUUAGUGAUGAGGAGGAGCUCACAGCAACACAUGAAAUUAAUAAACCAAAUAUUGAAACAACUCAAGCAGAAGCUAACACUGAGAUUAUAAGAGAUGAAGAGCCAGCGAACAAAAACGACAAGUCUGAUGAAGACGAAGUUGAUGUGGAAGUGGAAGCAGCGCCAGAACCGCUGCCUGCUGACAGCAUUAUGGAUGAUUUGUUUAGCAAAUUAGAGGAUGAUGUUGAGCCGACAGCAGCUGAGCAGCAAGGAGAUGCGCUGCUCAACUUGGUGGCUGAGCUGGAGAGCGGGCAAACUGCGGUGGAGUCACCCAAGCCAGCGGAUUUGGCAGCCGCACAGCAAAUUAUGCAAAAUUAUUCAAGUCUCUUCUCCGAUGAGCCGCCCGAUGACAGCGAGUUCUUUCAAUCGCUGGGCACCAGCAGCUUAAGCAGCCUGAGUGCCUCCAAAAUCUUUGACAGCGAACAGGAUUUCUUUGAGCCCGCGCUGCCCGAAGUGCCCAAUGCAGCCAAAACGCCAGCUGAACAGCUUAAUAACUCCUAUGGUGGCAUGCAGUUGAUAAACGAUCUGCCGCCCGACGAUGUGGAAGCGCCGCCUGCUGCCAAUUUAACGCCAUCGCCAUCGCCACCAAGUGAAGAAACUAGCGCAACAACAACACGCAUACAUACAAUAUUCUAUGAUGAUUUUAGUGAAACCACAACAGCAAAUAAAGCAGCGCAGUUUGCAGAGCCGCCAGCAGUGGAGCAAAAACCGGCAUCGCCCGUUAAAAAGCUGCAAAUGCCUAAUAUACAAAUUAAUGUUAAAGCGCUGCUGCCUGCUGGCGCCGCUAAGCCUAAAGCGCAGCCAAAGUCAGUAGAUAAAACAGCAGCAACUGCAGCUGCAGCUGCAACUGAAGCUACAGUUAAGCCUGCUGAUAAUAAAUCGGAGCAGGUGUUGAGCAGCAUUAAUAAAACUCGCGUGCGUGGUCCGCCCAAGCGGCGACCUUCAACGCGGCGUGCUAGACAGGAGAACUAUGCCAAGAGUUUGGAGGAGGCUGAGCAUCAGCAAAGCAAAGCAGUUGAGCUGCCCAAAGCUAAAAUGGAUGAGCUUGUCAAGACUGUGCAACAGUCUGUGACACCAAAGCAGUCGCUUGCCACUGCCAGCAAGUUGGCAGCUGCAUUUUUGGAGAGUGAUGAGGACGGCGAUGAGGUGAAGCCAGCUACAGUGGCAGCCAAGCAAACAGUAAAGCCAACUGCUACAUUUUUGGAUAGCGAUAACGAUGAUACGGAUGCGCUGUUUGGACCAACGAAAGUGCAGUCAGCGCCACAACUCAAGCAAGAGGCAGCAGCUAAGCCGCCAGAACAAGUUCUUAAAACCACAAAGCCUGCAAAAUUGUCUGCGCUCUUUUUGGACAGCGAUGAGGAGCAGGAUGAUGCUGAUUUAUUUUUUACAACUAAGCCUGCAGCAGCUGCGCCAACUUAUCAAAGGCCCCCACAGUCUACAGCUGCGCCCAAGUCCUACACCUCCUUUUUGGAUAACAAUCCUGUGGAUGAUGAUGAUGCAUUCUUUAAGGCAGCCACAGCAGUUGGCUCUAGCCAGCCCAAGGACCCAAGCAAGCUGCAACAGCAAGCAACAACUAAAGCUGCCGUAGCAGCCACUCAAGCGCCAAAGCCUGUAAGCAAACUGUUUGAUGAUAGCGACGAUGAUGACGACUUGUUUGCCAGCGCUGUGCCUGUUGCCAAGGCAAGCAAAGCAGCAAUUGUGAAGCCCUCGCUUUUUGGCAGCGACAGCGAAGAGGAAGCGCCUCCCAAGGCGCCACCCAAAACUUUAAGCAUCAAGUCCAAGCCGAGCAAAAGUCUUUUUAGCGAUGAUGAAGACGAUGAUGAUUUAUUUGGUGCUGGCGCUAAACGUAGCACGGCCAGCAGUCAACUACCCAAGCCCACGCCCGCCACACAAACUGCGCCCAAAAGUGAGGCCAACAAAUCGUCCACACUGAAAGGCAGCACCGACAAUCCGCUGGCUGAUCUUCUGGGUCCGUAAGCCGUUUAAACAGAA